GUUCCAGCCUGCCUGACAGAAGCAUCAGUAGCACCAGGGUCUAAGUGCCUUCAGUGCCUUAACUCACCCUUUGCUAUUUUGUUUUUUUCUAUCCUUAGAAAUCAACUGGAUUAAAAAAAAAGUCUCCUAGCUGAAUAGUCUUUCUGUUUAUUGUCAUUGAUGAGCUACAGAUGAGCUUGAACUUCGCUGUCGAGUUAAUCUGUUGACAGCAACAGCUCCAGAAAACCAGAAUCCUCCACAAGAUAAUUGUCCGUCUGGUGCCAUGUCAAACUUUGUAGCUCCAGAAGUCAAAAAAUUUAUGGCUUGGGACUAUGUUGUUUUUGCAGGACUAUUUCUAGUAUGUGCUAGCAUCGGAGUCUUUUUUGCAGUUAAAGAGAGGAAAAAGAAAACUUCCAAGGAAUUUUUGGUGGGUGGUCGGCAGAUGACAUGUGGACCAAUAGCUUUCUCUCUCACGUCAAGUUUCAUGUCAGCAGUCACCGUUCUGGGGACACCUUCCGAAGUUUAUCGCUAUGGGGCAUCCUUUGUUCUCUUCUUUCUUUCAUAUGCGCUUACCAUCAUUUUUACUGCCGAACUUUUUCUACCUGUAUUUUACAGAUCUGGCAUUACAAGCACUUAUGAGUAUCUGGAGUUAAGAUUUAACAAGAUUGUCCGCCUGGCUGCAACGUUGAUUUACAUUCUGCAGACGAUCCUUUACACGGGGAUAGUGGUUUAUGCUCCAUCACUGGCACUCAACCAAGUCACUGGAUUUGAUCUCUGGGGCUCUGUAGCUGCAACAGGAAUUGUCUGCACUUUCUAUUGCACUCUGGGAGGAUUGAAAGCUGUUGUCUGGACAGACGCAUUUCAAAUGAUUGUCCUGGUGGCUGGCUUCGUGACAGUUUUGAUUCGAGGAACUACUCUGAAUGGUGGAUUGGCCAAGAUCUGGGAAGUUGCCUAUGAAGGAUCGCGACUAAACAUAAUUGACUUUGACGUAGAUCCUUUGAGACGACACACCUUCUGGACAAUUGUUAUUGGGGGAACAUUUACAUGGCUGGGGCUCUAUGGGGUUAAUCAGUCCACAAUACAGAGAUGCAUUUCUUGCAAGUCAGAAAAGCAUGCUAAACUUGCACUUUACCUGAAUUUAUUGGGACUUUGGGUAGUCCUGAUGUGUGCAGUAUUUUGUGGUUUGGUGAUGUACUCUCACUACAAGGGUUGUGACCCUUGGACUGCUGCCUUCAUUUCAGCACCUGACCAGCUCAUGCCAUAUUUUGUUAUGGACAUUUUUUCUUCGAUGCCAGGAGUCCCAGGACUGUUUGUCGCAUGUGCAUUCAGUGGAACAUUAAGCACGGUAGCUGCCAGCAUCAACGCUUUAGCAACUGUUACCUUCGAAGACUUGGUCAAGAAAGGUUUCCCAAACCUCUCUGACAAGAUGAGCACAUGGAUCAGCAAAGGCUUGUGUAUAUUAUAUGGUGUCCUGUGCACUUCAAUGGCUGCAGCAGCAUCGCUGCUGGGAGGAGUUGUCCAGGCUUCUCUCUCCAUCCACGGGAUGUGCGGGGGGCCCAUGCUGGGACUAUUUACCCUGGGAAUUGUGUUUCCUUGUGCUAACUGGCAGGGUGCUAUCGGAGGCCUCUUAGCUGGGAUCACCUUGGCUUUUUGGGCUGGUACCGGCUCUUUCAUUUACCCUGCACCACCGACAAAGUCCAUCCCUCUGCAACUGUCCACUCUCAACUGCACCCUGGCAAACAGCACUGAGGUGCUGAUGACGGCAGCUCCCACAGCAACUCCAGACAGGCCUUUUCUGGCAGAUACCUGGUACUCCAUGUCCUACCUGUACUUCAGUACCAUCAGCUGCCUAGGCUGUGUCGUCACAGGGCUGUUGAUAAGCUUAAUAACAGGACCUCGUAAAGGAGAGGAUAUUCCACCAGUGUUAAUUAAGCCAGUCUGCAACCCGUUUUGCUUUUGGUCUGAAAGACUCAAAACUUUAUUCUGGUGUGGCGUGCGGCACGACAGCCCAGAGGUGGACUUUGAAAAAAAUCUGCCUAAAGUUAUUGCAAAUGAAGCAGGAUCAGAUGACACCUUCAAGAAUAACAUCACCAAAGAAAACAAACGCCAUUUCCCUGGUUUUCCUGAGGAAAAAUCCUAUACUAAUCUGAGCAGAGAAACUCGUCUCUAGAAGCUGAGAGACAUGAAACAUUUAAUCAAACUUUAUUUCUCCGGCUUCGGAAAUGAGGAGCUGUUUUAUUGCAUUUACCAGCUUGUAGAUGACCAGGAGGGAACAACUGCUCUCUAUAGCAAUAAAGGCCAGAUUUUUUAUUUAUGAAUUUCAUGACAGACCUGGGAAAUCAUCGGACAAGGGGGUUUUGGCAGCACUGCUAUUUCAGAAGGAAUGUUUCAUGAAUCUGGAAGCUGCUGCUCAGGAGUAGCCGCAACACGUCUCUAUCACAUGCUCUGUCCAUUAACUACUCAUUGAAGGGCGAUGUGCAAAGGUGAAUUUGAGAUAAAACAAGAUUUUAGAGAAGUUUCUGAGGUCUCUCACUCAGGUGAGACUCUGAAGUGUCCUCUGAUGGAGGGAGCCUGGGCAGAGGAGAAGGUCAGGCUGAGUCAGUUUCUGCUUAUUCCUCGGUAUCACAAAAAGCCUCCUCACAGGAAAGUUGUAUGGACCAGACCGGUCUUUUAGUGACAGAGUUAAUCGUGUUUUCUUCCACUGUGGGACUCAGGUUUCUUUAUAAUGUCUUAUUGUAAGAGCUAUAGGAGAGUGUAACAAAUUUUACUUCAAAUUCAGGAGAAUUCUUUAUCUGUGUUAGUCUUGGAAAGAUCCUCUCAGCUCAAAAAGUUCCACCUACUACAUUUAUGCAAUAAAGGAAAUAAAAUAACAUUCAAUGAAGAUGCCUCCUAAUUGAUAAUCCAUGCUGAAUUUUGGAACAAGGCACAUGGUUAGGCAAAAUAACCUGUCCAGUAGAAUGUCUUGGAACCUUGUGUACCUAGUCCACAAAGUGCUCUGUUUCAGUGAAACACACUUUCUUGAAAAUUUACCUGAUGCAAAUCAAACUCAACAGACCACCUCUCACCUUGAUAAACUUCCGGAGGUUGUUUUUUUUUGGAUGGAAGUGUUUUUUAAAAAAACUCAGAACUGAAUUAAACCAACUGAAAAAAAAAACAAUCAAAGAUUACUCUGAGAGUUAUGGACCCAGCUGAUACUUAGCUCAUAUCACUCCAAAGAACCUAGCUGUUGCUUUUGAUUUCUUAGGACCAUCUUUAUGAUGUAGAUCUGGGUCAACGUGGUUCUUGAAGUUCCUUCUGUUGUCUGUGUUCAUGCUCUACCUCUGGGAACGGUCCCAGGGUAUUCAACUGAACAGAAAGAACAGUCUGUAAAUGGCACUGCCUUGCUUGUGUGGGACAGUUCGUCAACAAACUGAGAGUUAAGUCAAUAUUAGUGUUAACCCCUUUUAUACCACUUUUAUAAUGUUAUAAAAAGUGGCUGGCAGCCGGUUGUCUUACCUGGUAUGCUCUCUGGUCAUGCUUCCACACUUGAUACGGACAUCAAGGCAGAGAUGGAAAGUCAGUAAAUAAUACUAUUUUAUCAUUUAUAUCUCCUGGCCUGGCUUAGGUUACUUUAAGAGACCCUAACUAUCAUAUUUAAGGAUGUAAAAAAAAUAUUACCAUUCUGAUUAAAUAUCCAGGUGAAUGUUGUUUACAGUUAUCUUCUGGUUUGCUCUCUGUCCUGAGCCACUGAUCCCUCCACUGAAGGGCGAGCCUGGGAACUUGCAUUCAAAAACUGAGAUUAAGAAAUUAAGAACAUGUAAAUUCUAAGACAAGAGCUUAAUUUUAAGAAAUAGUUAGUCACUGGUGAAAGCAGUAGACUGUAGAUGAUUGAAAAUUGAAAUGUGAUUCUAUAUGUGACUUGAGACCACAGUAUUUAAUUGUUAGAAGUUCAACAAGUGCCUGAGCCAAGUUUAACCCUUAAAUUACUUCCUUACAAUAUUAUGCUUUGAAGGCACAUGAGCACCCCUCAAGUGUAAAACUUUAUUUUUGUAAUUAAUUAAUUCUGAAUAUUUGGAAUAAUGAAGCUCAAAGCCUCUUUCAAAGAUAUCCAAGUUUAUUACUGAAAAAAUGCAAUAUUCAAAUGUGUAUGAUACAGUAAGUAGUUGCAUUUGUACAUGUAAACCUUGAUAAAGUAAACAGCAUCUCAAAGACAAAUUUAUGCCAAAAAUGUCUUAUGACAGUUAAUCAGAUCAACAACAUUUUCCUCAGUGAAUUCUUUUAGUUCUGGGGUACAUAUCUGCUUGUAAAAGUAAUCUUAAAACACAAAGGAAACUGAAAGCUGAAAGGCCAGAGGAACUUCUAGCUUGUAGUGCAUAAAAGUCAAUUUCUCUGAAAUGCUCUCUGGUACUGUAAUCUUAUUUUAAAUAUCACUUACAAAGUGUGGAUUUAUGAAUAGAAAAAAUAGCUGAAAUUUUAUUCUUAUUCCUUACUUAGAAACCAAGUCGUAUUUAAAUAUUACAUAAAUUUCAAAUAUUUACACAUUUUAAGAAACCUCUUACAAUCGUGAUAUUGCAAGUUAGCCAGGACUAUCAGAGUAAAAAAUGACUGAACUAUAUUAUUCAGUUAGAUUUUACAUGAGAUUAUUUCAAAGAACUGAAAUUUCAGUGAUAUUACUCUAGGUAAAAAUUAGCCAACCGAUUGGAAGAUUUUUUUCAAUACAAAACUCUGGGUCAUCUAAACAGAACACAAAAUAAAAAGGUAAUAUGAUUUUUAUUUUAUUUUUUUCAUUAUUAACAGAAAUAUUGUUGUGUUCUCAGUGUUUAGAAUCUCAUUAGCUUUAGACUGCUUUGGGUUUAAUCCUAAUUGCUCACCCACUAGCAUCCUAACAACUAGCUCACAAUAAUAAGGAUGCAAACUACAGAGAACAUGUAACAUUAUCAUGGCUAUGGCAAAAAAAGUUAGAAUGAGCCAACAGAACUAACACAAGGUAAUUUCCAGUGCAGUGAGGAGGGAAUAUACCAUCGACAUUUCAAGACUAAAUCCCAGUCCUGGAUUUAAAAAGUUCCUGUAUAACAUGGAACAGCAAAGUGAUUUCUCUACAGUUCCUUGUUGUGCCAUUAGAACUUUGUGCUGUUGUGGUUACAUUGUGCUAUCAUGAUUAUGCCCAAAUCAUGCCAAUACAAAUUCCUGGUAAAUGUGGUUGCAAUGUCACUAUUAGAGAAAAAUCUUUAAUAUGAAUCUAUUCAUAUAAAUGUAAAAAUGCUAGGGUUGUGUAGGCUGAUUAGGAUGCCUGUGUAUGUAGGGAGGGACAGGAGUACAAAAUGUAAAUGUUGGGAAAGUGGCUAAAGGGACAGAUCCAGAAACGGGUGGCCCCGUGGCACAUGUAGAUGCACCCUAUGCUUCCUCAUACUGCCCUGUCCGACACAAACCGACUUGUAAAAAAAGUGCUUUCUGCUUUGGCUUCUCAGUUAGGGACAUCCAAAAAGAGCCUGCAAAAAAAUUCUGCAGAUACAGAAUUGCCCUGGAAAUGGGACUAUCAGCAAGAAGGUGCCAGUUAAUAAAACACUGAGAAUAAGGAAAGAAGGAGAGGAGAAAAGGGAAAAGGGGCAGGAGGGCUGUCACCCUGUUCCAGCUUCAACCCCUUCUUUUGCAGAACCCAUCGGAGUUCUGGAGAAACAAUUGCUGAAGUGGAGCCCUUUGCUUCCUCUGCUCAUCCUCAGCCUCUACACACUGACUUGUUGUGCUUUCCCCCAGUAGAACAUGGAUUUUGUGAACAUAAGGCUGAGUAUGAAAAGACUUACAGAUCUUUCAAGCUGCUAAAUUUUCCAUUACAGGAAUUCAGGUUUGCAAGUCACUUAAACACUUUCAAAAAGUGUCACUGGAUGUAUUUUAGUCAGAAAAAGUACGCACUGGAACUAAUAAAAUAACAAGUCUGUCUCCAUGUGGAAUUCUGUUCGAAUUCUAGUGUCAACCUAAACAUCAAAUAAACAUUAUUAUGAAAGGCUGGCUGUAUAUUUGUUUCAACCUUUACCCCAAACAAGCAACAUUAGCAGUUUAUCACCAUUACAAAGAAUGAAAUGCUUCUGGAAGUAGUACUGCAUUAUAAGUGAUUGCUGAUAUCACCAUUUUUAUCUCUGUCCCCUUUCUCCUUAAUAAUAAUACUUAACAGAAAAUGUGAUUGAUUAAUUUUCCAUUAUCUUUAUUGCCUUCAUAUUUACCUGUCUGUAUGAAAUAACUGUUUUUGAUAUGGCCAUUGCCCACUGUGUGUAAAAACAAUAUAGUUUUUAAUAGUUUUAAUGAAAAUUUGUGACACUUUUAAGUUAACUACGUAUGAACCGUUUCUUUUCAUUUUAUGGACAUGGAGCAUUUGCAGCUAAUCAAAAUCAUACGAUGCUUCUAAAUAUG